AUGAAGUUCCAGAAAAGCACGGCCCCGCUGCUCGACUACAGCGCUGUGAACAGCAGGCGGGACUUCACGCCGCAUCCGCUGGGCGACAACAAGGUCAACGCCAUGCUGGCGGCCAGCUUCAAGGCCGGCUGGAAAGGUAGUGCAGCCGGGUCCGCGGCUGAGAUGCCGAAGACCAGCUACUACCAGGACACCUUCGAAGGUUACACCGGCAGCCGUCUGAGAUCUGCCAAGAUGAAGAGUGUGAAGCCCACGAAUGCGAGGACUCACACCAUCACAGGCAUGACGGAUCUGUUGGAGACACGACCUUUGUCACACGUCAGCUACCAUUCGCACCCGCAGGAUUUGGCGAAAGCAGGCCAGAUCCUUCUCCCGAAGCCCAACCUGGGCUUCAUCUCGAAGUGGGAAGGUCCACCAGAGAAGAGCAGCUAUGUUUCUGAGUUUGGGACGGUGAAGCGAAAUCACUCGACGCCGACAAUGAGUAUUGGAGAGCUGGAGAUUGGUAGGACGAACGACCUGCUCCCUGCGGAUCACGAGUGCUUCUACAGAAGGCGAUGCAACUACAUGAGCCCCGGGCAGUGA